GAGCAAGCAGAGCUGUUACAGCGCAGUCAAUGCGGACAGACGGAACGGAUACGCGUAUCAGGCAUAGUGGUGGAGGCGAAAAUGUUCACGCAAUUUUUUAUUAAGGAAAAUUUAAAUAAAUAAUGUAAAAAUAAAUUAGAAAACGUCGCUUUAAUCCACAAUAUUGAUGAAGUUACAAUGUACAUAUGUAUGUACAUACAAAAAAUUUGCCUCAGCACAUUUAUAAUUAGAAGAAUAUUAAUAAUAACGUACAUAUGUUACAUAUGCUAGAAGCGUUUAAGUGAGAAAGUUACAAAAUUUUGUAUAUUUGACGGUGGCCAAAACAGCAAGCCAAUCGUACGACGUGCAAAGUCUUCAACCUGUGAGUGCCAAAGGAAAAGCAAAAUAAAUCCGUGUACAUAUUAGUGAACAAUUUUCAUACAAUAAAAAAAUAUUAAGCCACAAAACGCAACGUAAGACAAAUUAACCGUUCACAACAUCUACAAGACCAAAUCAUAAAAAGUAAUUACUAAACAACCAGCUCAAAGCGCUUCGUUAAUCCGUGCGUGUCGGUCGGUCACUGGAUCCAUCGAUCGGGCGAUCGUUGGUCACUCACUGGUUCGCUUAUUCCUUCGUCUGAGAUAAAACAACAACAACUUCGUCGUAACAAACUUACACAGUUACAUGUAUUUGUGUGUGCAGUGAAGGCGUUCGGUCGGUCCAGUCGGUUGGGUCCAGUCGGUCGGAAGUUUGUUCAGCUUUGAAUGUCUUUAUGCUUUAAUCAUGGUGAAAUUGACCACCGACACAAUACGCUACCACAUUAGAACCUUUCUGAUUACAAAUCAUGACAGAAGGACAUGAAAGCGACUUCUUAGUUACAGUACGCGCACAGGUUAUGACCAGAGACGAAAGCACCGAGGGUUGGUUACCACUCGCCGGGGGUGGUUUAGCAAAUGUUUCAAUACGCAAACGUGCUAGACUAUCCCCUGGCGCUGCUGGACAUGAAUAUAUCAUUUACGGCCAAAGAAUCUCUGAUCAAAGUGUAAUUUUAAGCUGUGUCAUAAAUCGUGAUCUGAAGUAUUACAAAGUGAUGCCCACAUUUCAUCACUGGCGUGCUGGUAAACAACGCAAUGGUCUCACUUUUCAAACGGCUGCCGAUGCGCGCGCCUUCGACAAAGGCGUACUGCGCGCCUACAAUGAAUUAAUUGAUGGCCUGGCCAAAUCUAACCCAUCAAUAAUAUGUCCGCCCCUUACAAAAUAUGACUCUGUGGGUGAAGACGACGUUUUUAUGACCCUAGAUCUACCUAUAGAAGCCGAGUGCAUACAAAAGUCACAUUCAAGUCCCGAAGGCAGCGAAAAAAGUCACAAAAGUAUUAGUGUCGAUCGCGGUGAACGCAUCAGCAACAAAAGCGAUUUGGACCGAUCUUCGGAUGGUACUGUCACUCAACAUCCUAAAGCCACCAUUCACUACAUAUCGAACGAGAAAUCAUGCAGCCUACAAGCGCCACCACCACCACCCUCGCUGUCCGCCAUCAACGUGUCAACUGGUGCUCAUAACAACAGCAACGUUACCACAAACGUAAGCGUAGCCAUCGUAUCGCCCCCAAUCACCACAGUCUCGUCGAGUCAACUUGAAGCGCCACCGCCAUCGCUGCCAACAGCCAUUGCGACUAGCGAGAAUUACUCCUAUGUUCAACUAACAGCGGUGCAUGAUUACAAUUAUCCGGUUGUCGAUCAGCCGGCUGGCGCGCAAGUGUUAAACGCACGCCGCGAAUCGAUCAGCGCAUUGAAGAAACGAAAUGCUUUGGAAGCUGCACAAGCACUUGCGGCUGCUCAAUCUUCUCCGAUUGCCGCUGGUGUGAUACUCAAAGAUCCCACGAGCAAUGUGGAUAUUAUUAAGAAGAGUCAACGCGCUCGUUGCCGCUACUGUCACGAGCUCUACAAUGAUGAAUGGAAUCGGAAGGGUGCCUGUGAAUUUGCACCCGAUCGCUUUCGUUCGGCAUUCGAGUAUAUUUCGGGCAUGGGUUGUGCGCGUUGUAUGUUGUAUCAUUGUAUGAGCGAUGCCGAGGGUGAAACGCCACAACAUCCAUGUCAGUGCGUCAAUGAAGCUGGCUGCACUAAGCGUUGGCUCGGCUUAACAUUGCUAUCAUUGCUCGUACCCUGCCUUUGGUGUUAUCCGCCGCUGCGCGCCUGCCAUUGGCUGGGAGUAUCAUGCGGCGUGUGCGGCGGUCGACAUAAACCACAAGUCUGACAUUUGGAGGGACGAUUGCAAAAACAAUUCGACAAUGGCUAUGUUUACGGUUAUGAGGAUGCUAUGAAUUCAGACAGUUAUGAUUACGAUGGCAACGGUAUUGGCGAUUUGGAUGAUCACUACGAUAGCUACAAUUACAACUACAACUAUUGCAACUACAAAAAACUUAAUUACAAUAGUUAUAGCUACAAUUACAAUAACUACAACCAAUAUAAACAACA